AUGGAGAACGAUCGUUCAACCGAUAAGAUCAACGAAGAUGAUGCUCCAAUGAGUGAAGAUGAUACGGUUUACGUGUCAGCUUCUGAUCAACCAGGUCAAAUAACAAUCAAUCUGGAGAAAGACAUGAAAAGAAAGAUCACGAUCAUCAGUGAAGUCGAGAAACCGAAGCGUCCUCGUCGUGGAUCCGUCGAUCUUCGUCGUCAGGCCAUUGUCAACAAUGCAAUUCGUUCAGCUCAAUCGACGGCUUCUUCUCGUUCCAGAAGUCGUUCCAAGAGUCGUUCGAGAAGUCGUUCGAGGAAUCGUAUCAGAUCUCGUGGACGCUCAUUGACUCGUACUCGAUCCGCCAGUGGUGAUAAGAUAAAGAAGAGAUCUACAAGUCUUCAGGCUCGUUCUAGAUCGAAAUCUCGUGGACGAAUUCCACCGAUUCCAAUUGAAAAGAAAGAAGAGAACAAGAUUGAUCAAACAGUGUUGCUCCGUCUUCCAACUCAUCUUUCGAAUAAAAGUGUUUUCGGGUGUCGAUCAAAAGUUGCUCCCGAAUCAAUUCAACUUCCAUCUCCAUUAUUCAUUCUAACUGAACAACAAGUCGUUGGAGCAAGUGAGAAAAAGACUGUUCAAUUCGUCACUAAAAUCCUUUUGACUUCCCACAAAUUGUCAAUUGAUGAUCGAAAGAAGUUGUAUGCAGAGAUGGUCGAAGCAGAAUAUGUUGGAACAUCUCGUUCUUCUUCUGAUCUCAGUCAAUCAUCAGAUGAUGAACCAGAAGAAGAUUUUCAAUUGAAAAUGUAUUAUUCUUCAAAAGGAAUAUACAUUCAUUCCGUGCAGAAUGUUCACAAAAUUCGAAAUGGAAAAUCAUCGAAAAUCACUGAAUCGAAGAGUUAUUCCAACAUCUGCAAAACUAAAAUUGUGGGAGAUUUGGGAAAAUCAGUUGAGGGAUUUCUGAAUGUUACUUGUUCUGAAACUGUUUCAGUCAUCAAUCAGAACUAUACUCGUUCUGAACAUUUCAAAAUUGGUUUGAAGGAUUCUAGUGUUUUUGGAAACGUCCCAAUAUCUGCUCUCAAGACUACUUUUGAUCCAACUAAGACGAUUGCAUUCAAUGAAUUCGUCUUUUUUGAUAACAAAAAUAUCGGAAUUGACAUCCGUCACGAGUCAACUGCCACAAUGGAGAAGAUGUGGAGUCAUGAAGUGGGAUCUUUCGGAGAAGAACAGUCUGAAUAUCGCGAAGUUAAUUUCUUUUUUGAUGAUGGAAAAACUGGAAAAGAUCAGAAAAAGACGGCUGGAGCAACAGUAUCUUCAGUUGUCCAAACUCCCAAGAAAUCAACUGAAAACUCAAGUACUCACACAACCACUGCACACAACACAAUCAGGCCAGACUCUCCAGGCACUGGGGAGAGUCAAUUUAGUGAUGCUUCUCUCAAAAAGACAACCAAAAGUCCAGAUAGAGAAUCAUCUCGAAAAUUCAUUCGUCUAGACGAAGAACCCCUCAGAUUGAGUUCAAUCAAGUCGACGGAUCAACGGAAUUCUACUGUCAACGAGUCAUUUUAUCACUCGUUUCCAGCUGCAACUUCUACUCCGAAGAGCCCAAAAUCUCCAUUGAAUUCCUCUUCAAUUCUCCAAUCAAAUAUCAAAUCGGCUUCUAAAACAACUCCGAAUAAAAGUCCACUUCUUCACGGAUCUAUUCCAAUCAAAGUGCAAGGAGAGAAGCACAGUGAUAAUGAAAUUGAUUUGGAUAAAAGUUUGAGUUCAAAAAAACCAACAGCUUCUAAGAAUUUGGCUCGAAUCGUGGAAUCACAGAAGAAAAAAGAAGAAGGAAUAAGUUCAAAACCACCAACAUCUCCUGGUAAUUCUGUAUACAUGUACUCAACUGGAAAUGCCAAUAACUCGACAUACAUGACAGCUAAAGAUCUUCAUGAUUCUCGUAUUUCUUCAUCUUCUUCUGCUCCAAAAUCAUUGAUUUCUCCACGUGGAAUUUUGCGUGUAAAAGAGACAAAAGUGACACGUGAAGUACGUCAAGAAGAAGGAAAACCAGAUGAAGUGAAUGAGAAAAAAGAAGAAACUGUGAAAGAGGAAAAGGUUAAACUUGACAAAAAAUCAAGAUCAAAUUCACCUGCAACUCCUAAAAUGAAGAAUACUCUGAAUCAGAAUAUGGUCACUUUGAGUACAGUGAAAGAAACUCAUCAAACAUUGGAUGUCAUCCCUAUCAAAGUCUCUGAUGACACUUCUCCAUCUAUCAAUUCUUCGUUUGUUUCUGGACAAAAAGCAUUCAAAGAAGAGGUUCAAUUGGACAUGAUGAUUGAUAAGAAACGUCUUGUUCUCAAUGUAAAUUUCAUGCUUUUGGCUGAAAAACAACCAGAAGUCGAGAUUAUUGGAUUCUCGUUCAAAGGGAAUAAAUUAUGGGAAAAGAGUUCCGAAUGGAAUCUUUCCAGUGCUAACACUACUAGUCAUACUAAAACCAUCGCUCGUCAAGCCAGCAAUAUUCUUGAAGACGGCAAAGAAGAGAACAAGUAA